UCUCGAGGCCGGUGGGAGUCAGAUCAGGGCCGGCGAGACGCAUACAGGGAUGACAAAUAUGAGAGAUUAGACCGAGAUGGAUAUAGGGACGACAGAUAUGAGAGGUCGGAUCGAGAUGGAUACAGGGGUGGCAGGUAUGAGAGAGGAGAUCGAGACGGAGAUCGACGAGAUGAUUCGCGCGGACGGUAUGACCGCGAGGGCGCAACGUGACGAUUCGCGGGGGUGGAGCGUAGACGACAGGCCACCCACUCCCAGGAACUCUUGCGUCUACUGUAGAGGGGAUGAUCAUAUCAAGAGAGACUGCCCGAAUCUCAAACGGGCAAUAGAUGAGGGACUUGUCAUGCUUGAUGACCGCAAGUACGUCAAGUGGGCAGAUGAUCUGGGAGACGUAUCGAUGUUCCCUUCGAUUAAGGAGAAUGUUGAAGCAAGGAGAGUAAAGCCGAGUAAAGGAAAGGAGUCGGUUAGGAGCCAGAGCAUCAAGAUAACUUUCGAAGGAGAUAUGGCAACCACACCCAUAAGGGUGGCAGCUACCAAGUCGGCGAGGGGGACUACAUCAAGGAAGACCGAUACGGAUUACGUGAUGGCAGAGAAGGAUGGACAACGGAUUGAUGGAGAGGAGGUUAUUCUUUCACCGCGAAAGCGGGGAGUGAAGAAGUUCUUGAUGAAGAGUUCGGUGGAUGAGAUUGACACGGUCGAACCACUAAGACGGGCCCUUCAGCAGCCCAUGCAGUGCUCUAUUCUGAAAUACCUGGCAACAUCCAAGCCGGCUCGCGACGAGUUACAGAUGAUCACGCGGAAGACUCGCAUACCUCUAUCAGAGCACGCUCAGACGGCCCCUAAGGCGGAUGCUCCUACUGUAGCAGUAUCGGAGGUGACUGCUAGAGCAGAUCGCAUGGUGACAGUUCUCCUUGAUGGGAUGGAAGGUGUGCCUCCAGACAAGUUUUACAUACUUGGUAGUGGGAUCGUGGAGGCGAUCCUAAACGACGGAGUGGUUCUAGAUGCUGUGAUCGAUAACGGCAGUGAGGCUGUCAUUAUAGACGAGGAUCUGGCAGAGCGAGUUGGACUGGGACUCGAUAGGUCAUACCUAUUCGAGAUAGAGAUGGCUAAUGGGAGGAAGCAACAGAUCACAGGGGUUUGUCACAAGGCAGUCAUAGAGGCCCAAGGGGUACGAGUGACCCUGUCAGUCUUUGCAGUCAAGAACUGCAGCUCUGACCUGCUCUUGGGACGAAAGUGGUUGAGCCAUGUGCAUGCGGUGACGAUAGAGCGAUCGGACGGGAGCCAGACACUGUCCAUCAAGAAGCUAGAUGGGGCGCGGAUUAUGAUUGAGACGGUGGAGCCUCGAGACCCGAGAAACAGAGCAGCUCUCGCUGUGGGUGCAGGACCCAGUGAUCGGAUUAAGUCAUUACCUAUCUCCGGCCGCGCGGAGCGGGAACGUGUGAUAGAAAUUCUGAAGACAUGCGAUAAGGCUAUAGCUUUCAGCGACGCGGGGCGCGGUAGGGUUGACCCUCGAUACGCUAAGCCAGCAAGGAUUUACACGAUUCCACAUGUUCCAUGGAAUGACGCAGGAUGGAAAUACGCCCAGAAGGAGAAGGAAGAGGUUAUCGCUUUCCUGAAAGAGAAGAUGGUUUCUCAUGUUGCAGAGUCGUCUUACAUCGUUUAUGCUAAUCGAUGGUUCUUCCUACAAAAGCCGAAUGGCAUGAUCCGGUGGAUCCAGGACCUUCAGAAGGUCAACGCGGUGACGAUACGAGACAAGAACGCUGAAGGGAAGGAAAGACCGUUAAGAUUUGAGAGUAGGACACUUAAUACGGCCGAGCGUAACUACAGUCAAUUCAAGAAGGAAGUGUUAGCUGUUCUGCGGUGUCUGGACACGUUCAGACACUACAUCUACGGACGGCGGUUCAUCCUAAGAUUGGAUCCCACAGCGGUUGCCUCUGUCCUCCAGAAGGAAUUCAGUCUGACGGAUCCGACCAUCGCACGAUGGUUAAUACGGAUUAGAUUCUAUGACUACACGUUUCAGAGAAUAUCGGGUACUAAAAAUGCUGUGGCGGAUGGGCUUUCUCAGAUCCCUCUUGAGACCGAGCGCCCGAUAGUAGCUGGGGCACUGAGAAUGGCGGAGCCUAGACGCGCCGAUCGAUUUCUGGUUAACCUUUACGAGGGCAAAUACAGAACGAUCGGGCUAUAUCUGUCAGGAGAGGAGAGUCAAGAUUCAGAUAUCCGGAGACAAGUGGCCCAGUACUGCCUUAGAGCGGGCCAUCUAUUCCGAAGACCUGUCGGGUCGAGGAUGCCCUUACGAGUAGUCUGUGAUCCUGAAGAGAGACAGACGAUAGUUGUGGAGCUUCAUGACGGGGUAGUCGGAGGACAUAGAGGAGUCAAAGGGACCAACGAAAAGGUACGCAAGUUGUACUGGUGGGAAGGACAGUACAAGGACGUCGAGAGAUACUGUAUAACCUGCGAGGAGUGCCAGCAGAGAGCUCUUGUGAAAUACAAAGAGUCACUUCAUCCAUCCUAUCCAACCAGGCCACGAGAGAAGGUACACAUCGAUCUGGUGAAGAUGACGAAAGGAGUAGGCAAUAUGAACUAUGUUGUGAACAUACGAGAUGACUUCACUGGAUUCGUGGAUGGUAGACCUAUCAGGAGUAAGACGGCUACGGAAGUGAAGAACUUUGUCCAAUAGUACUUAUCUAGGUAUGGUUGUGUCAACAAGAUAGUGAUGGAUAGAGGGGCAAAAUUUCUAGCUGACGAG